CUGGCGCCGCCCCGCCCCCGCGCUUCCUCCUCUUUCACUUUCCUUUCCGCGGAAAGCGGGUCCAGCCUGUCGAGUAUGGACGACCCAGACUGCGAUUCCACCUGGGAGGACGAGAGCGAGGAGGACGGCGAGGAUGGCCAGGCGGAUGAUACGACCGAUGAGGACACGGGCGACGAUGACGGCGACGCGGAGGAGGCACGGCCAGGCCUGUUUCAGUCUAGGAUGACAAGGUACCGAAACUGGCGUGCUAUGCAGGACAUGCAAAGAUACCGACAUAACUACCCGGAUUUGACAGAUCAAGACUGCAAUGGAGACAUGUGCAACCUGAGCUUCUACAAAAAUGAGAUCUGCUUCCAGCCAAAUGGCUCUCUCAUUGAGGACAUUCUUCAGAACUGGAAAGACAACUAUGACCUCCUGGAAGAGAAUCACUCCUACAUCCAGUGGCUGUUUCCCCUGAGGGAACCAGGAGUGAACUGGCAUGCCAAGCCCCUCACACUGAAGGAGGUUGAGGCAUUUAAAAGCUCCAAGGAAGUCAGAGAGCGUCUUGUCCGGGCCUAUGAGCUCAUGCUGGGCUUCUAUGGGAUCCAACUUGAGGACCGGAACACAGGUGCCGUAUGCCGUGCACAGAACUUCCAGCCACGCUUCCACAACCUCAACAGCCACAGCCACAACAAUCUGCGUAUUACACGCAUCCUCAAGUCGCUGGGCGAGCUGGGCUUAGAGCACUACCAGGCACCGCUGGUGCGCUUCUUCCUGGAGGAGACCCUUGUGCAGCACAAACUGCCCAGCGUGCGCCAGAGUGCCCUGGACUACUUCCUGUUUGCUGUGCGCUGCCGGCACCAGCGCCGGGAGCUCGUGCACUUUGCAUGGGAGCACUUCAAGCCUCGCCGAGAGUUUGUCUGGGGGCCCCGUGACAAGCUGCGGAGGUUCAGGCCCCAGACUAUAUCCCGGCCACUGAUGGGACUAGGGCAGGCAAAUAAAGAUGAGGGCCCCGGGGACCCCUCCCAAGAGGCUGGCACUCAGGGUCGGACCUGUGGAUCUGGAAGGGACCUGAGUGGGGACAGUGGAACAGCUGAGGAUCCCUCACUGCUGAGUGCAAAGCCCCAGGAUGUGGGAACCUUGGAUGGGGACCAAAGAUAUGAGGCUAAGUCCCCGAGUCCCAAAGAAAGCAAGAAGAGGAAGUUGGAGGGGAACAGGCAGGAGCAGGUCCCAGGGGAGCCAGAUCCUCAGGGUGUCUCUGAGGUAGAGAAAAUUGCCCUCAACCUUGAGGGGUGUGCCCUCAGCCCUACCAGCCAGGAGCCCAGGGAGGCUGAACAGCCCUGUCUUGUGGCCAGGGUGGCUAAUGAGGUAAGAAAACGGAGGAAGGUGGAGGAAGGAGCUGAGGGUGAUGGAGUAGCCACUAACACUCAAGUGCAGGCUAGUGCCCUGUCUCCUACUCCUUCAGAGUGUCCUGAGUCCCAAAAGGAUGGGAAUGGGCCAGAAGACCCCAAAAGCCAGGUGGGGCCAGAAGACCCCAAAAGCCAGGUGGGGCCAGAGGACCCCAAAAGCCAGGUGGGGCCAGAGGACCCAAAAGGCCAGGUGGGGCCAGAGGACCCAAAAGGCCAAGUGGGGCCAGAGGACCCAAAAGGCCAGGUGGGGCUAGAGGACCCCAAAAGCCAGGUGGAGCCAGAGGACCCCAAAAGCCAGGUGGGGCCAGAGGACCCCGAAAGCCAGGUGGGGCCAGAGGACCCCAAAAGCCAGGUGGGGCCAGAGGACCCCAAAAGCCAGGUGGAGCCAGAGGACCCCAAAAGCCAGGUGGGGCCAGAGGACCCCCAAAGCCAGGUGGGGCCAGAACAAGCUGCCUCUAAGAGCCUGGGGGAGGAUUCUGACUCUGACACUACAGGACCCUCAGUGAGUGAGUCAGAGGAGUUGGCAAGGAUUGAGGCCUCUGUUGAACCCCCAAAGCCUUAGAGGUACUCCUCAGUCCUACUCAGCCCACUGCAGGGGGUUUCUGUCUCAGAGCUCUGUUGUUGGCUCUUCUUGGUGCCCCACAGUGCUGGCCUCUCCCUAGUGGUCACUGAAGUGGCCACCAGAGGGACUGAGGCCCUGCCCUCAGGGAAGGCCAAGGCCUUCAGAAGCCUCCUUACCUCACUGUGUCCUCCACUGCCCUCUGAGCCCUGUGUUGUGAACAGACCCUAAGGGUCUAAGGGGAGGGGCCUCUUUUCUUCGUCUGGUGCCAAGUGAGGCCUUUUCUGAAUAAACUCUUUAGGCUUUGUC